GUUUAGGAGAAGGGUAAUCCACCACGAGGCCUCCAUUAUUUGAUGGAACAAAUUACACAUAUUGGAAGGAGCGAAUGAGAAUUUUCAUCCAAUCCAACAACUUUCUCCUAUGGAGAAUUAUCAAGAAUGGGGAAGUAGUAACCAUGAAGAAAGUUGGGGAAACCACCAUUCCCAAAACCGAAGAUGAAUACGAUGCGCAGGAUAUCAAGAAAAUAGAAAACAACGCCAAGGCUAUCAACAUUCUUUAUUGUAAAGUAAACCCGGAUGACUACCGGAAGAUCUCUUGUUGUUACACCGCCAAGGAAAUGUGGGACAAGCUAGAAAUCACACAUGAAGGUACGGAUCAAGUCCGAGAAGCUAAGAUAGAUUUUCUAACCCAUGAGUAUGAACUGUUUCAUAUGAAGGAGAACGAGAAAAUCGACGAUAUGUUUGAACGAUUUUCAAAAAUCGUAAACGAUCUUCAUGCUCUCAAGAAGACAUAUACGGACAAGGAGCUUGUAAGAAAAAUCCUGCGGAGUCUCACACCGGAAUGGCGCUCCAAAGCCGAUGCUAUCCAAGAAUCCAUCGGCAUCACCAGUGUCACCAUUGACGGACUUAGAGGUAACCUCAAAACCUAUGAGUCUACCAUUCUUGACCCCUCUUUAGGUGAACAAAAGAAGAAUGGGAUUGCACUCAAGGCGUCCACAAGUCAAGAACGGGAUGUGGAGGACUCGAGUGACAAAGACGAGUUCGGGAUCGUGCUCAAGAAAUUCCAUAAGUUCAUGAGCCAAGAGUAUGAACAGAAAGGAAAGAAGCAAGGAAGUCCACCCAAAUGCUAUGGGUGUGGAGAAGUUGGGCAUAUAAAACCAAAAUGUCCAACCGCCACGAACAAGAAUAAAAUGUUCAAGAAGCACCGAGCCUACAUCUCAUCGGGAGGUGAUUCCGGCGACGAAUCAUCAGAAGGCGAAGAAAACGAAAGUGCCAACCUUUGCCUCAUGGCACACGAGGAACCACCGGAAGAGAUAAAGGGGACAAAGUAUUGGGAGAUUGAUGAAUCCUCUUUCCACUCGGGCACCGACGAGACUCCGUUUCGACAACCUCGUCCACGCCGCCAACCAAGAGCCACUGCCUUAACCGCCACCACUUCGACCAAUCCUUCUCUCGCCGAGCAAAUGGCAGCCUUGACCACCACUCUCUCUCGGAUUGACACCAACGUCUCCAAAACGGCACACAACGUCAAUACCUUGAGCCGUGAACUUCACGGGUAUUUUGACUUUGUCAAUUACCCGUACGCUCAAUUGGUCCCUUACGUUCCUCCACCGAAUUUUGGAGGUGAACAGAGUGGGACUCAAAACAUUGGUAGGGAUGACGAGGUGGACGAUGAGGAAGAGGAAGAAGAAGAGGAAGAAGAAGCCGAAGAUGAUGAUGAAGAUGAAGACGAUGAAGAAGAAGACAUUGACGAAGACCAACUUCUCAAUGAUCUUUCACCGGACUUCUAGAGCUCUAGCUAUAUUCCCUUCUCUUCUUUCUUCUUUUUAUGCUUUUUAAAUUUGCUUCCGUCAUGUACUCUGCUAUUUCCCUUAAUUAAUAAAAAUCUUUAUGGUUU